AAACAAUGAAAAAAGCUAGAAUAGAGGAAUAUCGUUCGAAAAAAUAAGCAUGUAUAAUAGAAACUUUAUGUAUCCUGGGCAAAGUCCCACAUUUGUAUUUAUUUUUUUCUCUGUAUUAAUAAAGCGUCUUUACAUUUUCCACAUAACAUUGAAUAAUUCCCAUCGUGUAUCAAAAAUGUCAUACGAAUUUGAUGAACUCAGGCAAGAAAAUGCCAGGCUCAAGGCUGAGAAUAUGGAGUUAAGACAGAAGCUUAAUGCCAGAAAUAACGAUAAGUGAAAGCUAUAACAGAUUUUCCAGCCAAGAUUGGUAAACUUAACGCCAAAAUAGUGAAGCUAGAGAAAUAUAAGUCAGCUAUCACUAAACUUGAGUCUGAGAAUGCUGAGUUUAGAAUUAGAUUUACGAAGUUGGAAUAGGAUCAUGGGCAUGCAUCAGAUCUAGAAAAUGUGUCGAAUAAUCCAUUUUUUUCUUGCUCAGAUAUAUUUGGAAGAUGUCUGGUGAAUUCCCUAAAUACAAUAUUUCGAUGGUGAGCCAACCGAGCUAAGUUUAUUCCAAGCAUCUUCCCCAAAAUGAGCUAAAUAAUCCCAUCCGGUAUACAUUUUGCUAGGGUCCCAAUAAUUGUCCUUGUCAUCUUCAUCAUCGGUCUCGAAUUCAUUCCAAUCAUCAUCAUCGUCAUCUUCGUCAUCUUCAUCUGCCUCGAUUUUGUCAUACCCAUCAAUUUAUCUCCGUUUCUUCAUCGUCUAUUAAUCCUAGAGCCUUCAAA